ACACGCACCACCUAUCAAGCUCUUACGCAGCCAUGAACGGCGCCAUGGCGAACGCCUGCGCCAGGUCGAGCCCCCCCGUCCCGGCGGCGGCUCCCGCCGCCUCGACCAAGUCCCCUGCAUGCCCGUCCAAGAAGACCACCUGCCCCCGCCGCACUGUGUGGUGCCGGGCCGCCGGCCGGCGCGACGACGACGGUCUCCUCUGGCUGCCCCGCCGGGACGUGCUCACCAGCCUGGGCGGCGUCGCCGCCGGCCUCGUCGGGUACCCGGGCCUCGCGUCCGGCGCCCUGGAGGCGAACCCCGUGGAGAGCUGCCGCCGGGGCGACAAGGUAAACGACAAGCUGGUGGAGUGCACGGACCCCAACAGGGAGUACCCGUGCCCGCCGCCGUCGCCGGUCCGGGCCGUCGACUUCAAGCCCGAGGGCGCGGUGAGGCGCGUCCGGCAGCCGGCGCACCUCCUGAGCCGGGAGUACCAGGAGAAGUACAAGGAGGCCAUCGCCAAGAUGAAGGCGCUGCCGGCGUCGCACCCGCUGAGCUUCGCGGCGCAGGCGGCGAUCCACCAGGCCUACUGCGACGGGCACUACCGGUACGACCCGACGGAGAAGAACCGCCCCUUCGACGUGCACUUCUCCUGGAUCUUCGCGCCGUGGCACCGCAUGUACAUCUACUUCUACGAGAAAGCCCUCGGGCAGCUCAUCGGCGACGACACCUUCGCGCUGCCCUACUGGAACUGGGACGCGCCGGCCGGCAUGGUGAUCCCGCCGCUCUUCAGGGACUCCUUCGCCAACCCGCUCUACGACCGCAACCGCGAGCAGCCGCGCCUCGACAAGCUCGUCGACCUUGACUUCCUCAACGCCCCCGACGACGCGCCGCUCAUCCCUUUCAACGGCCCCAAGGACGACAAGUACGAGCAACUUGUUACCAAAAACCUCUGCACCAUAUACCAGCAGCAAAUCCGGGGCGGCAGGGGCGCGCGGGCGUUCCUCGGCGAGAAGCUCUGCAGCGACACCGACUUCCGGCUGAAGGAGAUCAACGAGCGUUCCAAGAGGAGGCAAGGCGGGCAGCGGGCGAAGCGAGACAAGACCAAGAGCCAGGGCUCGCUGGAGCGGAUGGCGCACACGGCCCUGCACGUCUGGGUCGGCCGCUCCGGCCCGCCGGAGGGGAAGACGUGCACCGCCGACACCGGCGGCGUCCUGGGGCACGACGGCGCCUUCAACUGCAACAACGACAUGGGGUUCCUCGGCUCGUCGGGGCGGGACCCGCUCUUCUACUCGCACCACGCCAACGUGGACCGCCUCUGGCACAUCUGGUCCACCAAGCUCGGCGGCGAGGGCUUCAAGGACCCGGAGUGGCUGGACGCCAGCUUCGUCUUCUACGACGACGUCGCGAACCCGCGGCCGGUGCGCAUCAAGUUCCGCGACGUGCUCGACACGCGCAACCUCGGUUACACGUACGACGCCGAGUCGGAGAAGGACCUGCCGUGGCUGACCUGCAAGCUGAACCCGCUGGUGCCCCACGGCAAGGACAGCCCCCCUCGGCCGUCGCCGAGGAAGAUGCUGGUGUACCCGCUGUCCCUGGCCAAGGGCGAGGUCGUGGAGGUGGCCGCCGUGGCCGUGCCGCCCAGGCAGCCGGGGCAGCAGCGAGUGCUGGUGAUCCAGGGCAUCGAGUACGACCCCAAGGCGGAGAACAAGUUCGACGUGGCCAUCAACGUGCCCGGGGACCAGGCCCUCCAGGUGGGGCCGGAGAACAGCGAGUACGCCGGCAGCUUCGCCGUCGUGCCGAGCUCCAAGGCCGGCGGCGGCACGCUGGAGGGGAGGAUCACGCUCUUCAUCGACGACGUGCUGGACGACGUCAUGGGCGACGGCGACACCACCGUCGACGUCGUGCUCGUGCCGCGCACGGAUGAGGAGAUCAAGGUCUUCCUUCCCCCGACGAUCCAGAACCAGUAGAACUUACUAGUGCUCGAUGCAAGCUCAGCUCCGUACUGGUCACUUUUGCAUCGUCCAAUGCACACUGGCGAUCGAUGGUGUCCGGAUCGGAUGCAAGCUAAGAAUAAAAGUCGUGUCGUGUGCUUGUACCAUUUCAUUGCGAGUCCGAGGAUUUGGUCGUACGUGUAGGCGUGUACGUGU